AAGAAACCCAUAAUUCACUGAACCCAUUAUUAUCAACCAAUGUAGAAUUUCAUGUAACCAUUUCAUGAAAUUAAUGUACCAUUAUAAAGACCCAUCUCUCUCCUCGAUCUUGAAUCCAAAUCACAAUGGCUAAUUCUUCGUCCCCUACCCGAUGCCCAACUCCGGCGACCCAACUCUUCGGCAGCAUGCUCUCCUAUGACGGAAAUGUCAUGUUAACUGCGGUAAUUUCCUUGAUCUUGGUUGUCAUUUUUGUCCUGUUUCUCCAUGUUUACGCCAAAUGGUUCUUAGUUCAGGCUCGUCAUAGGAGUGGGUCAAGCUCCGUUUCUCUUUCACUUGUGCUUGGCCCGCCCCGUAUUUCUCAUCAGUAUCUUAACCGUUAUUCUUAUGAGAUUACUAGUUUUCCAAGUGGGGUAUUACAAACUACAGGACUUGAACCGUCUAUAAUUGAUUUGAUACCUCUUUUUGAUUACGACCCGAAUGGAAAUGAAGCUUCCGGGCUUGAAUGUGUGAUCUGUUUGAGUUUGUUUCAAGACAAGGAAGUGGGAAGAGAAUUACCCAAAUGUGGACACGCUUUUCACGUUGAUUGUAUCGAUAUGUGGUUGCAUUCUCAUACUAGCUGUCCUUUGUGUCGAGCUCCGGUUGGAUUAUCUCAAGUUGAAGAGAAGUCGGGUACGGGUCUUGAUCAUCAAUUCGGGUCGGGAGAGUGUCCGGAGGCUGAUGUGAUUUCGAGUUCGAACGCUAACAAUGAUGAUGAUGGGUCGGUUAUGGAAAUCGUGAUUGAGGUUCCCGUGGGUUCGUCGCCGCCGCCGCCGCCGCCGUCGGCGGUGACUUCUCAGGCGGCUUCAUCGCUAGGGGGGUCACUUAAGAGAAUGCUGAGUAGGAACAGGUCGGAACAUAAUAAGGUUCAUGAUGUAUCGAAUAAUAAUAAUCCGGAUCCAACAGUUGAUUGAACGGUUCUUAGAGAAAGCUUGGUUGCAUAGUUCUUUCGCCGGACAUGUUCUGUUUACUGAUUGCGAUUGAUGAAUCCUCAUCAGCCAUCAUGGCUUAAUUUUGGUAGAGAAUAAGUUUAUUUGAAAUUA